AUGAGCGCCUGCGGGCCCCUGAACCGGAGCCUGGAGGCCGAGGCCGAGGCCGGCCCAUGCGCGCCCGCCAACGCGUCGGCCGGGCCGUCGGGGGGCGCGUCGCCGGCGCUGCCCAUCCUCUCCAUGACGCUGGGCGCCGCGUCCAACGUGCUGGCGCUGGCGCUGCUGGCCCAGGCGGCCGGCCGGAGGCGCCGGCGCCGCUCGGCCGCCACCUUCGUGCUGUUCGCCGCCAGCCUGCUGGCCACCGACCUGGCGGGCCACGUCGUCCCGGGUGCGCUGGUGCUGCGCCUGUACGCGGCGGGCCAGGCGCCGGCCGGGGCCGCUUGCCACUUCCUGGGCGGCUGCAUGGUGUUCUUCGGCCUGUGCCCGCUGCUGCUGGGCUGCGGCAUGGCCGUGGAGCGCUGCGUCGGGCUCACGCGGCCGCUGCUGCACGCGGCGCACGUCUCGGCGGCCCGCGCGCGCCUGGCCCUGGCCGGCCUGGCCGCGCUGGCCCUGGGCGUGGCGCUGCUGCCCGCGGCGCGCGUGGGCCGCUACGAGCCGCAGUACCCGGGCACCUGGUGCUUCGUCGGCCUGGACCCCGCGGCCGGCUGGGGCCACGCGCUGCCCGCCGGCCUCUUCGCGGGCCUCGGCCUGGCCGCGCUGCUGCUGGCGCUCGCCUGCAACUCGCUCAGCGGCCUGGCCCUGCUGCGCGCCCGCUGGCGCCGCCGCCCCCGGACCCAGCCCGGCCCGGGCCCCGACCGCCGCCCCCGCCGCCGCCGCCGAAGGGGAGGCCCGGCCCGCCGCCUCCGCUCCGCCUCCGCCUCCUCGACCGCCUCGUCGUCUGUGCUGGCGGCCUCCGUCGCCGGCUCGGGCCGCGCCCCCGGCCGGGGCUCCACGCGCCGGGCCCGCGCGCACGACGUGGAGAUGGUGGGCCAGCUCGUGGGCAUCAUGCUGGUGUCCUGCAUCUGCUGGAGCCCCUUGCUGGUGCUGGUGGCGCUCGCCGUCGGGGGCUGGGCCUCCAGCAGCUCCCUCUCCCUGCAGCGGCAGCUGUUCUUGGCCGUGCGCCUCGCCUCUUGGAACCAGAUCCUGGACCCCUGGGUGUACAUCCUGCUGCGCCAGGCCGUGCUGCGCCAACUGUGUCGCCUGCUGCCCUCCAGGGCCAGCGCCCAGGACAGACCCGCGGGGCUGUACCUGUCCAGGAGGAGCACCUGGGAGGCCAGCUCCCUGCGCAGCUCAGGGCAAAGUGCUGUCAGCCACUUCUAGACGCGUCCCGGACACGCCGGGGCAGAGGCAGAC